AUGCUAAGUAGAAUAGAUAUAUUUGGAAGUGAAAUUCUAUUGAGAUUUGACGGAAAAUAGUCUUAUCAAACUUAACUAGGCUCUGUUGUAACUAUUUUAAUAGUAGGAUUUAUUUUUUUCCGCUUAGUUUUCAUAGUCCUUGAUGUAUUCUAAAGAUUAAAUCCUCAAGUUAUUUAUAAUGAAAGAUAAGUAGACGAUCCUGCUGCUUUUAAUGCUACAAGCUACUCUUUUCCUAUUGCAUUUGGAAUGGAAGAUCCUGUUUUACAAAACUACUAUAUCGAUGAAGGCAUCUACACUAUUAAUGCCACUUUCAGAUAAAAAUUUUUAAUAUACAAUGAAACAACACAAAAUCAUCAAACAGUCUGGAUUAAUACUGAUCUAAAAUUAAAACCCUGUACUUUGGAUAAUUUUUAAAAUCCAAGUAAUCGAAAUUAUUACACCUAACUUAACUAUACUAACACGUAUUGUCUUCCUCCAGAUUUUAAUAUUGCGCUUCAAGGUGAUUUUCCCUCACCUGUUUUCUCUUAUUUAUAGUUAACUGUAUAUUAAUGCUCUCAAAACUGCAAAUCAUAAGACCAAAUAACCAAAUUUUUAAAUAAGGCUAACUUUGGUAUGUAACUUUCUGAUACUUAUGUCGAUCCAACAAUCAAAGAUAAUCCUUUUAAAUUUUAUUCAAGAGAUAUGUUUUGGGGCACAAGCCCUCAAUUACCUAAAGAUGUGUAUAUUUAUCUGAGAAAUAAUUAUGUUUAAAGUGAUUUUGGUUGGUUUUUUUCAGACAUUCAAACUCAGAAAUAUCCCUCUUACAGCUAUUAAGAGGAUACAACUUAUCCACCAAAUUCGUAAAAAUACAUUUUGAGGGUUAUGAUCAGGUUUGAAAAACAGAAAGAAGGUGUUUAUAAAAGAACUUAUUAAAAUUUUAAUAGUAUAAUUUCAGAGAUAGGUGGCUUUACUUAGAGUCUUUUAGCGAUUGGGUAUUUAUUUUGCAAAAAAUUUUCUAAAUUAAAGUUAAAUUUAGAGCUAAUAAAUCAGUCUUUUAAUUAUGAUGAAACUAGCCUAGAAAAUAAUUAAAACGAUUAAGAAGAUAAAUCAGUUUAAAAAUAACAACAAUUUGAUUAACAAUAAAAUUUGACAAAUGAAUAAUAUCAAAAUGCAAUAAAGGUAAAUGAAGAAAGGUUUAAAAGUUUAAGAAAGAGAAAUUUUUUGAAACAAAGCUCAAACGAAAAUAAGUUAAAAAACUAAAAUUAGCAAGAUUAAAGCAGUUUAUCUCCGACUAUAAAUAAAAUCAGUAUAAGUAAUAAUAUGUAAUAGCAUUCACCAGCUACCACUGGCUAAAAUGUGAAUAAUAUAAAAAAUGAUAAGUAAUAAUUCAAUUAAUCUAAUAUCAAUAAGAUGGGCAGAGACAAAUCAAAAACAAAUAACUCAAAUACAUUAAAUUCUCCUGAUGAGUAAAGCAUAUUUAGUGAUGACAGUAAAUUUUGUUUUAAAAGAACUAAUACUGUAACCUAAAGAAAAAAAGAGAGCCAAUUUAAAUAAAUGAUAGAAAAAAAGACUAAUAAAAUAAAUGUUAGCACAUGGGAAUAUUUUAAAUCGCUCAUCCUUCCUACAUAAAAAUACAAAAAGAAGAAAUAAAUUAUUAAAUACAGCGUCGAUAAGUUAUAUCACAAUCUAGAUAUAUUUAACAUAUUAAAGAAAUUAGUGGAUGUGGAAAAAUUAAAGAGAUUACUUUUAGAUUAAGACUAGUUAAGAUUAUUUGAUUGUCUUCCAAAGCCCACAAUACAACCUGAUUUAGCAUUGAAAAAGCAAUCUUCUUAAAUUUGGGAUUAAAAAAAUAAAGAAAUAGACUUCAUGUAUUAAGACGAAAGAUCUGAAAUGCAAAAGCUGAGCGAUGCAUUCUAAUCAUACGUGAAUAUAACAUAGAAAUAAAAUUAAGGAGGCUUAGACAAAAAGAUCAUAAAUUUGCUUGAUCGUAAUCUGCUUUAAAUCUUUUAGAAAGAAGCUGAAGAAAGAUUAAACAUGUAAACGAUUAGAUAAAACAGCGAAUCAGCGAAAUUUAAUAUUUAUGAUCAGUUUUUAUCAUAAUCAAAUAUAAAACAACCAUAAAAAGUAUUCUAAAUAUUUUAGCAAUAAAAUUAGAUCAAGUCAGAUUCGAUCCUUGAUGCUAAUAGCUGCAAUCAAUCAGAUUUAAGCAGCAUUUAAGAUGAGUUUAUGAAAGUAGAAGUUUAAAAUAAAAUAAAUUAAACCUCUCAGGUAAAAGAUUAUUUUUCUAAUUAGGAAGCAAUAAAAAAUUCUUAAUAAAUUGUUAAUAAUAAUUGUCUAAAAUAAGAAAAAUAGAAUAAACCAAAUUAAUUUGAAACCAAAAAUAAUUAAUUAAAUAAAAUAUGA